CACCAACCAAAAGAAUCAUGCUUGUACAACGACUGCGUAAAUGAUAGGCUGAAAAGAUGUAAGAACCCACAUAAGUGCACUACAAUGGCAGAGAAAAUACUCUGCAGUCUCCUACCCAAAUACAACCUGUAUACAUCCCCAAGAAAAGAUGACCUAACACUAACCCACAGGAGAUUAGAAAAAAAUGUGCAGACAAGAAGACUACCACCACAAGAAAUCACCUUCAACCCAUCCAUCACAAUCAAAAACAACCUUUCCGAUGGCUUCCGCAUCUUCAUCAACCCAACCAGACCCAUCCAUAUACCAGCUUACCGCCUCCAAGCUCCA